UCCUCCUAAAUGCCUUUGCAACAAUGAAAACAUCAGGCACGCAGCUGCAGGGAAACCAGAAGACAGUCUGGGAUUGAGACAGUUGUUAUGCGGCUGCAGUGUGUUUUAGACAAAACUAUCACGCAGCUGGUACUUUAAUAACUGACACGAUGAAGAGACGUUUGACGGUGCAAGAAUCUCCGAGGAGAGAACUGGACCCUCCCGACAGCGAGCAGGACUCUGAUGAAGCCAGCGAAAGCGAGGACACGGAUGGUGACUUCGAGGUCUCGCUGGAGUCUGAAUCCUCCGAUGCUUCCAGUGAUUGUGGGGAGUCCACGGAGAAGACAGAAGAUCUGGAUGAAUGGAAAUCCACGAAUGGACAAAUUGUCUGGCAUCGCACUGAAGCUGAGACGCUGCGUUACUUUCCAGAGAAAUGUGCGCCCUGGGGACCGACACGGUACGCCACCUCCCGCAUCACCUCUGUCAAGUCCUGCUUCGAUCUGUUCAUCACAGAUGAGAUCAUCCAGCUGAUUGUGGACAUGACAAACGUACACGGGAGACGUUCCGUCAGUCAGUGGAAGGACAUCGAUGCCACUGACCUGCAGGCGUACAUCGGGCUGCUGCUUCUGGCUGCUGUGUACAGGUCACGGAACGAGUCCACCUGCAGCCUGUGGGGUGAACACACCGGACGGGCCAUCUUCAGGGCCACCAUGUCCCUACACACAUUCAGUAGGAUAAACUCUCAUCUGUGGUUUGAUGACAGGCAAACACGACCUGCGCCCCACAAGCAAGACAAGCUGGCUGCCUUCAGGACCAUCUGGGAGAAGUGGGAGUAUCGCCUCCCCCUUCUCUUCAACCCGGGCAUUGAUGUCUGCGUCGACGACCAGCUCGUCCCGUUCAAAGGUCGCUGCGUGUUCCGCCAGUACAUUCCCAGAAAACCAGCGAAAUAUGGCAUAAAGAUCUGGGUCGCCUGCGACGUCCUCACGUCUUACGCAUGGAAGAUGCAAAUCUACACCGGUAAAACUGCCGGCAUUCCCCCGGAGGUUGACCGGGGAAAGAGGGUCGUCCUGGACUUGACGGGGGGGCUCGAGGGCAACACCGUGACCUGUGACAAUUUCCUCACAUCUUAUGCACUGGCGGAGGAGCUCCUGAAAAGAAAACUUGCUCUGGUCGGCAAAAUAGGGAAAAACAAGCCAGAGCUUCCCCCGCAACUUCUGGAGACGAGUCAGAGAGCGCCCCAAUCCUCCCUAUUUGCGUUCACCAGGACGCACACAGCGGUGUCCUACAUACCGAAAAAGGGGAAGAACGUGUUGCUCCUCAGCACCAAGCACCGAGAGCCGGAGGUGAGUAACAAGGAGCCCCGACAGCCAAAGAUAAUCCUCGACUACAACAGUUGCAAAGGAGGUGUGGACAACUUCGAUAAGAGUAUCAGCACCUACAGCUGCAGGAGAAGAACCUGUCGGUGGCCACUUGUUCUAUUUUAUAACAUCCUGGACGUCUCGGCAUUGAAUGCAUUUGUGCUGUGGACAGCCUUGCAUCCCUCCUGGAACAACAACAAAGGCUUCAAACGGAGGCUGUUCAUGGAGGAGCUGGGGAAAAUGCUAGUGUCCCCACAAAUGCAGCGUACACAAAGCCCUCCUCACACACCAGCCGCCGCCGCCAUCGCGAAGGAUGAGCAAGAGUCAGGGGAAACCCCAGAGAAAAGCGGGGACGCAGACUACACCAGCAGAAAACUAAGGAGGCCGUGCCAGUUCUGCACUAGACGAAAACGAAAAAUCGCCAGCACCUGCAACAUGUGUAACAAGCAUAUUUGCAAAGACCACACAUUCUCAUACUGCAGCUCCUGCGGCCACUGAGCUGAACUUUAACCAACACACCACCCUUUCGAUUCAGUAUGCUUUAUUGACAUGAAUGUCGGGGAACAAUAUCGCGAAAGCGUUAAGUGCAGGUAACAGAGUCAUUUGGGACUUUAUCUCUUAACCCAAGAAUGUGUAGUGUUGAAGUUCAGAGGCCCCUUCCUCCAAUUCUUCUGUGGUCCCUACUAUAAAUUCCUUUAGCCGUUCCCAUCCCCUUUUUGUCCCCUGUGUGAGAGGUGGGUGUCAUUUCUUUUAGUCCAUUCAUUAUCCUAAUCCACGCCAUUUUCCCUUGUAAUAGCCUAUCUUGUUUGUAUUUUUGUUUCCUAGAAUGUUAUAAUUUCUGUCUUCACCUAUAAGCACAUAAAAAUAGGCCUAGUUGUUUUAAGAGUGAGUGCUGCUAACUUGUAGUCGUGGCAAACUAACUUCCGUUUGGUAUAUUUGUUUUCUUGGUGCUGAUAACUAACACGGAGAUAACAGACACAGCGAGGUUUAUGCGUCCCUCGGUUUGUGACAUGAAAUCACAUAUUGUGCAGCUCAUGUGCUCCUAAAAUCCAAAGUUUAAAACAAAACAAAAAAACUUGCUGGCUGCAAAGUAGCCUACACGUGCCUGGCUGUGCGGAUCGGGUAUUGUCAGCACCAACAGCCAAU